CCUCUUGCUUCUCAUUCUUUCAUUUCCACAUCUUCUUUCUCCUUAUAGCCCGUGCCCCCAUCUGUAACCGCUAAUUACAUCGUCGAUAACCUCCACGCCUCUAUACAGCACUCUUCGAAGUCGCUGUGGUCAUGUGCUGCUAGUCUCGUUCUGUAACACCAUCAAUAUGGCACUCCUCAACCCUGUAUACGCCUUCGUCGUGCCCUUCCUGUUUGUUGUCACGGUUCCUCUUGCUGUCUUCGCUGGUAUCACAACUACUAUCGCUUUCUCUGUUCUCAUCCUCCGAGUUCUGGCAGUGUAUCUCGACGUUGCUCUCUCCUUCGUUCCUCAUUAUUUGGGUGGACGUAAGACUCGCCCUUACCAUCCAAAUACUUAUCAUCCUCACCAUCAACUCCUCGAACCGUCACCUGCAACGCUCUAUACCAAUCCUAUACCUGCUUCUGCUGGUUCAACAGCAUUUGAGUCCUCUUUGCGACGUCGUCGGCAUAGAAGAAGCUCCAGUGCUCUAUCCACGGCAGGCACUACCACUCCAAUCAGCGAAAAGGGACUUGGCUUACUACCAAGCAUUGGUCCAGAGCGAGACUUCGAAGGUGUUGGUGGCUGGCGCCUGGGCGGUGACGAUGAAACAUGGACUACCAUAAACUCACGACUUGAAUUACCUGACAAGCAACACCAUGGGCGAAAUCAUCAUCGUUCUCCAUCUGGUGGCCCCACGACACCAGGAGAAGGCGGGUAUCUCAUGAUGAAGGGUCGCAACCGAAGCCCAGGAGCAAAACGCUUAGCAUCUCCUAAUAGCUCCCGUACAAGGACACCUUCUGGCCCUCGGAUCGCUUUUACAAACAAGUCAUUCAUAGACAGUUACUUUCCAAGCCUCAAAACUUCUCCAAAGGGACUGAAAAAACUCCCGACUCAGGGUGUCGUCGAUGCGUAAGAACGACUCAGACUCUCUGCGCGAUCGUGUAAACUAUUAUAAUGAUCUAAUGAAAGGUUGUGGUUAAGGAGGUAAAUGGCACGGGACCAAAAGUGUCACAGUUAAAUGGUAAUAUGGGGGUUUCCAUUGGCGUUUGAGCGAGAAUUUGUCAAUUAUCUGGAUUUAUGAUGAUGCAAAAAUAA